AGCCAGUGUUUCUAUUUUCCUUUUUUUCUUCCAGUCAAAAUGCUAAGAUAUACAGUUUCUCUUUCCAUCUCUCUCUCUCACACAUGCAUGCACACACACAGAGUAACCUUUGUACCUGUAUGUGAUAAGCUGAAAGCUCAGAACCUCAGAAUGUGUUUCUAGAGACGGAAGUGAUCAGUCACCUUUACAGUUUCGACACCUCCUGUGUGUUUGAGCGUGUGUCUGUUCUCAGGAAGAGGGGAAAAUGGCAGACGGUCAGCUAACCAGUCAAGAGUCCUUCAUGUGCUCAGUCUGUCUGGACCUGCUAAGGGAUCCCGUCACCGUCCCCUGCGGUCACAGCUACUGUAUGGGCUGCAUUGAGAACCACUGGCGCCACGAGAGAGCCGCCCGAGUCGUCUACAGCUGCCCACAGUGCAGACAAAGCUUCACGUCAAAGCCUGACCUCAGGAAAAACGUCCUCCUGGCCCAAGUGGUGGAGAAUCUCAGAAACCCCUCUGAUGUCCAGGUGGCCCCUCUUCCUGAUUGUUGUUAUGCUGGACCUGGAGAUGUUGAGUGUGACAUCUGCACCGGGAGGAAACUGAAGGCCGCGAAGUCCUGUCUGGAGUGCCUGGUGUCUUACUGCGAGAGCCACAUCGGGCGCCAUGACGAACUCUUCUCAGGGAAGAGGCACGUGUUGGUCAAGGCCUCGCCGUCUCUGAAGAAGAGGAUCUGCCCUCGACACCACAGGCUGACGGAGGUGUUCUGCUGGACAGACCAGCAGGGACUUUGCUACCAGUGCAUGCUGGAAGGACACAAGAGCCACGACAAGGUUUCAGCAGCAGAGGAGAGACAGAAACAAGAGCAGGAAAUGCGGCAAAAAAUCAAGCAAGGAAUCCAGGUGAGAAUGGAGGAGUUGCCGGAAGUGAAGACGACUUUGGAGACUCUCAAGAGUUCUGCACAGAUAGCAGUGGAGGACAGUGAGAGGAUCUUCACUGAGAUGAUCCGCUCCAUUGAGAGAAGGCGCUCUGAGGCUGAGGUGAGUCGGGCUGAAGGACUCCUGAAGCAACUGGAGCAGGAGAUUGCUGAUCUGAGGAGGAGCGAUGCUGAACUGGAGCAGCUUUCACACACAGACGAUCACAUAUUUUUCCUCAAGAAUUUCCAGUCUCUCUACAUAAACCAUGAAACCGAGGAUCUACUCAUCACCAAUGCCAGUGGUAAUCCCUUUGAUAAAAUAAAAAGAGCAGUGUCUCAUCUCAGAGAUCAACUUAAUGACUUUAAACUGGAGAAAGGAAUUGCAUCUAUUGAAACAGUCAAUCCGGAGGUUCUUUUGCCAGUACCAAAGACAAGGGUUUUUGCACUAUGUUUCUAAGUUGACACUGGAUCCCAACACAGCAUUCAAGCACCUUAGACUAUCUGAGAAGAGCAAAAUGGUGUCACUGCACCUCCUA